AUUCUUACCAAAUGUAUGUUAUGAGAAAUUUAGCUCAAUCAGCCCUUGAGGGCAUGCCACCACCUCCGCCAAAAUUUACGUUAGAUGAAUGGACAAUCAGUAAUUUGCGAAGAUCGGGUAUUGUUGAAGAUCAACAACAAUUAGCAGAACGGAUUAUAGCAGAAUCUCAGAGGGUUUACGAUGAAGUUCUUGGCAAAUCGAAACGUAGUAAGAUGGAAAGUGAUCAUCGUUUACGUGAACGAGUGAAUGAUUUAAACUUUUACAAGAAUGAAAUUUUACUACAACGAAAAAAAAUCUGUGUUGAAUUGGACGCUUUGGAGGUUUAUAAGGAUCGGAUUUACGAUGGCAUGGCUUCUGUAGAUAAAAAUGCAAUGGCUGUUGUGAAAAAAUGUUUAUUAUUAAGAGAACAACGUGCUGGUAUCGAUUUAGCUCACGAUGAUGUGGAACUUGAAUUACGUAAAGAGUACGAAGUGAUUGAAAGCGUUCAACAAAUGUUACGGCGUACAUUAGAACAAACGCAAGAACAAAUUCGUCGAAUUAAAUCAACAUUCUAUUUAAUUGAUCGUGAUUUAGAAGAUAAAGAAAAUGCAUUGAAAAUUGAUGAAUUAAAUACUAAAUUAACUGAGAAAAGUACGAGUUUGCGCGUGUAUCAUGGAGUAACACCUUUAACACCAUCGGACAUCUCAUGGAGCGAAUGGAGUCGUUUUACAUUAAACAAUUUAGAAGCAGUAUCGAAAGAAUUGAAUGGUGCCAGUCCUUUAAGAGCAUAUAUUGAUACUUUAUUAACACAAUGUGUGGAAGAUUUACGUGAACAACGUGAUGCUACAAACAAUGCGUUUAAAAGACGAAUUGAUGAAACUAAAGAAGCAAAAAAUAAACUUGAAUUACAACAUGCUCAAACCGUACGAAAAGCAAAUGAAAUGAUUAACAAUAUCAAUAAAUUAGAGACAGCGGUUAUUGAUAUGGAAAACCAUUUAGCUUUAGCACAUACACGACUUGGUAAUCGUGGUCAACGAAGUGGUGUUGAAUUAUGUCGUGAUCAUGCAGAAAUUCAAUUGGUUAAUGAAAUUAGUGAGAUUGAAAGUAAUGCUGAUAAAUUACGUCUUGCAUUAGCAGAGGCUCAAGCUUCUUUACGUUAUUUGAUGCGUUGUCAAAUUCAAUUGGAAGAAGAUAUUAAUGUUAAAAUCACCGCAUUGAAAAUUGAUGAAGUUGAUUGUAUGACUCUUCGUCAAGCUAUGGAUUAUCAUGCAUAUUGAUUGUAUUAAUUUUCAUGAAUUAGUUGUUUAUUUGGAAAAAUAAUUUAAUCUAGAAAUCGAAAAUCGAAUUGCACAAAUUAUUAAAAUGAUAUUAUAAAUAUCUGU